AUGGAGGAGGAUCACUUGGCGAUACUAGUCUCUGAAGGUGCUAUUAAAAGCAUCAAACUUAGCCUCUCUACCGGAGAAGAGAUAUGCACAUACUCAGUAAACGAGUGUCCAGUAACCCACCCUAGCCAGCUUGGAAAUCCAUUCCUUGGGUUGCCCCUUGAAGCUGGGAAAUGUGAAUCAUGUGGGGCGUCUGAAAAUGACAAAUGCGAAGGGCAUUUUGGGUACAUUGAGCUACCUGUACCCAUAUACCAUCCCUGCCAUGUCAGUGAACUGAGGCAACUAUUGAGCUUGAUAUGUCUGAAAUGCCUUCGAAUCAAGAAAGGGAAGGUGAAACAAAGUAAUGGAAAAGGAAAUGUGUCAGCAACAUUGUGCUCUUAUUGCCGGGAUAUUCCAGCUCUGUCUGUGAAGGAAGUCAAGACAGCAGAUGGUUGGAUUCGUUUAGAGUUGAGAGCACCUCAUAAGAGACACAUGACAGAACGUUCAUGGAACUUUCUUGAUAAAUAUGGAUUUCAUCAUGGUGGAUGUUCUCAAGUUAGGACACUGCUUCCAGAAGAGGCUCUGAAUAUAUUGAAGAAGGUUCCUGAUGAUACUAGGAGAAAGCUAGCUGCACGGGGAUACAUUGUUCAGACUGGGUAUGUGAUGAAGUACCUUCCGGUACCUCCGAACUGUCUAUAUAUUCCAGAGUUCACCGAUGGGCAGAGCAUCAUGUCAUAUGACAUUUCAAUAGCUUUGUUGAAGAAGGUUCUUCAGAAGAUAGAACAAAUUAAAAGAUCAAGAUCUGGUUCCCCAAACUUUGAAUCACAUGAUCUUGAAUCAUGCGAUUUGCAGCUUGCGAUUGGCCAGUACAUACGUCUAAGGGGCACUACAAGGGGCCCUCAAGACAACACCAAGCGGUUUACUGUUGGCAGUGCUGAUUCAGCUGCAUUGUCAACAAAACAGUGGUUAGAAAAGAUGCGGACGCUGUUUAUCAGCAAAGGCAAUUCCGUCAUUCAACUUAAGUAUGGGGAAGAUGAUGAAGCUGAUUCUUCAAGUGCUGUACCUCCUGGUGAACCUGAAAUUCUUCAGACAAGAACUUCCUAUAACAACGAUGUGAAAGAUAGGAAAGUUGUCCUGUUCCUGAGUGACUGCUCUUGUGCUAAGAAGUUCUGCAAGGAAAGGGCUGCACUUGCAGUACAGAGUUGUCUUAAGAGAGUCACACUUGGGGAUUGUGCUACUGACAUCUGCAUUGAGCAUCAGAAGCAAAUAAAUUUAGAUGGAACAUCUGAAGCUGCCCCAACUCUUGUAGGCCAUAUUCAUCUGGACAAGCGGCUUUCAACGACUGUAAAAAUGGUUAAUAAAGGAGUUCUCAAGGACCAUUUGAUACUUGUGGCAAACAGCAUGACGUGCACUGGAAGUUUGAUUGGGUUCAACAUUGCUGGCUACAAGGCAACUUUCCGUUCGUUAAAAGUUCAAGUACCUUUCACUGAGUCCACUUUGUUUACCCCUAUGAAAUGCUUUGAGAAGGCUGCAGAAAAAUGCGAUUCUGAUUCAUUGGGAUGUGUGGUCUCAUCAUCCUCAUGGGGCAAGCAUGCAGCAGUUGGUACUGGCUCAUCUUUUCAAAUUCUCUGGAAUGAAAAUCAGCUGAAAAGCAACAAGGAGUAUGGUGAUGGGCUGUAUGAUUUCUUAGCGUUGGUCAGAACCGACCAAGAAAAGACAGGGUACAUGUUCUUGGAUGAUGUUGACUACCUUGUAGAAGAGAAUGCAGUAGAUGACAUGUGCUUAUCUCCUGAGCCUGAUGGGACCCUUGGUAAGCCCACCUUUGAGGAUAAUUUCGAAGAGCAAAAUAUUCAAAAAGGCAGCUCAUGGGAAAAUGGCACAACAAUGAACUCAAGUUGGGAACAAAAUGCUAGUGCUGCAAAUGAUUCUGGUGACUGGGGAGGCUGGAGUAAUGGAGUUGGAGCUGCUGCAAAGCCAGCAGAUCAAGAUAAUUCAUGGGAAGUGCAUGCUAAGGUGCAGGCCAAUUCCACUGAUUGGGGAGGCUGGAGUAGUGGAGGUGGAGCGGCUGCAAAGCCAGCAGAUCAAGAUAAUUCAUGGGAAGUGCAUGCUAAGGUGCAGGACAAUUCCACUGAUUGGGGAGGCUGGAGCGCUGAGAAGCCAACAGGCGAGACAACUGUAUCUGGACAACCAGCUGAAAUGGAUACUUGGGCUGAUAAGGGUGCUAAAAUGGAUUCAGAUGCAGGUGAUGAUAAUUGGGAGAAGUCCAGCACUCCUGAGGCAUCAAAUAAAAAUGACCCAUGGGGCAAAUCAGAAAAUACAUGGGACAAAAGAAAAGGAGAUGGAGGCGAUGGUGCCUGGGAGAAGAAGUCUGAUGAUGGCCAUGGCAAUUGGGAGCAUCCCAGCAACUGGAAUGGGCAGAGUUUGAAUGUAGAUCAGGACACGUGGGGAAAUGCCAGGGGCAAAAAGAAGGCAGAUGGUAACUGCCAAUGGGAAGAGCAGCCAAGCACUUACAAACGGAAGAAGACAAAUGCUGAUCAUGAUUCCUCCUAUAACAAUGUGAUGCCACCAUCAGACAAUGCUUGGAAUGCUGGAGAUGGAAUUGGAAGACCAAAUGCCAAGUCUAAUGCAGGAUCCAGUUGGGGUGAGAAAGAUAAGAUGGAGUCUGAUGAGCAUCUGAAAGUCCCAAAAGAAUCAGACACAUGGAAUACAGGGAAAUCUAAUGAAAGUCCAUGGGAUAACACUGAUGCACUACAGGAUUCCUGGGUUAACAGUGCAACUCGCAAUAACAACACUCAGGAUGGUUCAUGGGACAAAGUAGUAGCUAUAAAGGAUCCUGAUUCACAGCAAGAUUCAUGGAGUAAUGUGACAAUCCAGAAGAAUGAUGCACAGAAUGAUUCUUGGGACAAUGUAGCGGAUAAGACCCCGAAUUCUGCCACAGAAGACUCCUGGGGUAAUCUGGCUGCAACACCAGUGGGCAAUUCAGAUGCUAAGCAAUCAGAUUCUUGGGAUGGAUGGAAUGCUGUGCCUGCUGAGAACUCACAAGGUACUGCUCAAUGGAAAGAGACAACUGAUUCUGGUAACAAGGACUGGAAAGCAGAUGGAUGGGGUGCCAAAUCUGGUAACUGGAGCAGCCAAAGAAACAAUCCUGGGAGACCCCCAAGAAGACCAGAUGAGAGAGGUCCACCUCCACCAAGACAACGGUUUGAACUAACAAUAGAGGAGAAGAACAUUCUUCUAGAAGUUGAACCCAUAAUAUUACGUGUGAGAAGGAUCUUCCGUGAAGCAUGUGAUGGUGUGAGGCUCAAGCCAGAAGACGAAAAGUUUAUCCAGGAGAAAGUUCUCGAGCACCACCCGGAAAAGCAAUCCAAGGUGUCUGGUGAAAUCGACCAUAUAAUGGUCAACAAGCAUCAUACUUUCCAGGACACUCGGUGCUUUUUUGUGGUCUCCACAGAUGGAACCCAAGCAGAUUUCUCCUACUUGAAGUGCCUGGAGAAUUUUGUGAGGAAGAACUACACAGAGGAUGUCGACUCAUUCUGCAUGAAAUACUUAAGGCCUCGUCGCAGGCAAGCACCACCACCUGAUGUUGGGACAGCACCAGGCACUCCGGCUGAGGUUCCACCGUCUACCGCAGCUGAGACCGAGCAAGGCACUCCAGCCCUUCCAGCAGAGGUUCCACAAGAGACUCUGGGUUCUCCUGCAGUGGCUCUGGAAGGAGCCCACAGUCCCAGGCCAGACCCAACCGACGAUACUGGGCUUCUAGGAAAGGAGACUGAUCUGGCUCCAGCUUCUCCAGCUGCAGCACCGCGAGAGGCUCCUGAGCCAGACCCAACCGACGAUACUGGGCUUCUAGUUACGGAAGCUGAUCUGACUCCAUCUUCUCCAGGUGAGGCUAUGCAAGCGACUGCGGACCCAGACUCAACGCGGACUGAUAUUUAG